UACCUGCCCCCAUCGCGGGCGUGGUUCUCGCUGUACAACCAGCGCGUGACCGUGCCGGUGUCCCCGGCGGAGGCUGCGCGCCGUCGCAAGCUCGGGCUGAUCCAGCGCGCGCUCUCGGACGACGUGAUGCUCGAGAUAUUCAAGCGCAUGUCCCCGGUCGCGGUGGCCAGGGCGGCGUGCAGCUGCAGGCCGUGGCGCCUGCUCGCCGCGCACGAGGACAUAUGGGAGCGAGCGGCGCUCGACGCGUGGUCGGGGCGCGAGCCCCCGGAGGUCACCGCGCGCGUGUGCAGGGACAGGUACCACGACAGCUGGCGUCGCAUGUUCCUGGAUCGCGUCCGGAUGCGAACCGAGGGGCUCUACGUCUCACGAAACACGUACAUCAAGGCUGGGAUGACCGACCUCACCACCGAGAACGUCAACCCCGUGCACAUGGUGUGCUACUAUCGCUACUUCCGAUUCUUCGGCACCGGAGAGUUCUACUGCAAGACGUCGCCGCACAAGCUCGAGUCCGUCGCGAAGACGUUCAGAGACCGAAGGGCGUCCGCGGUGGACCCGAACAUGUACUACGGGUGGUACUCCAUCGCGGACUGCGCGCCCGUCGAGAGGCUCACCGGCGACGGCCGCGCGACCGCCUCUUUACACAUGUGGCUCCGGCUGCGUUCCACGCACCCGGGCGGGAGCAACCGGCUGGAUUUUGUCAAGCUCGCGAGCGUGGACGAGUCAGAGCCGGUGCCGGCGCCGACGGCGGAGGAGUGGAGGGAGAUUGACGACCCGGAGAUGGCAUACAGGAGAUCGGGGCUGAACACGAUGGUGUUCGUGCCGUGGGAGGACGUGCACGACCACGUGCUGAACCAAGGGACGGAUAAGAUGGAUUUUUUCGUGACGGGGUAG